AUGGGUUCUAUGGGUGGAAGUGUCUUCAUUUAUGAUACACAUGAAUUGAAGCAACUCGCUGCAUUCAAGGAAACGCACGGCAUUUUUGUAACUGCUGUGGAGUUCUUGGAUCGAACAGCAUCUGAUGUUUUGUCGUUAAUACCACAACCAAAUAAGGACAGACCCCGGCUUGUCGCCGGCCCUGGCUCAAUUGCACGUGCCUCUAUAAUUUCACUUAGCGCUGAUCAAACAAUACAGGUAUCUUUCAUAGUUGAACUUUGGUGUUUACACUGUACUUAUUGUUUAUUUAUAAUACAAGUUUAUAAUGAUGUCAGUUUUAAGUAACG